AUGCAUUCAUCGAUUGUACCCUCUCUACUUUGGAGUUACUGGGCUAAUAUCAUCUAUAUCAUUGGUAUGAUAGGAUAUUUAACUAUUGAUACAAUUAAUUAUACAUAUAUAUCAUUUAAUAAUACACUUUCAUAUAUCAUAUAUAUAUUUUUGUCUAUUCUAUUUGUUAUUGAUGCUGUUCUAUAUACAAUUGAUUGGUAUAUAUAUGCUGUAAAAUUACGCAAAUCAAAAAAUGAAUCAAUACAAUAUCGAUCGGAAUUUUUUGCAUGUAUUUUUCAAAAUCUUGGUAGUUAUUUUUAUUUAAUUGGUGCUCUAUUACUUUUUGAUAAAAAUCGAUUGUUUAAAACUAUUUUAUUAUUUAAUUUUAUUGGUAUUAUUUCUUUUUUAAUCGAAUCUUGUUUAACAUCAAUUGGUUGGACUAUUACAUUUCGAAGAAAACCUUUAACAAAUCCAAAAAAUGGUUGCCACAUUCAAAAUGUUUAUAUAUGGGCACAUAUGUUGAAUAUUAUUGGAAAUUUAAUUUAUUUAUGUGCAAUAAUAUUAGCAUAUAAUUUCUAUCAAACUUCUAAGAUUAUGAAUUCGAAUAGUGUAGUUUUAAUCCAAAUAUUCGGUGAUUUAAUCUAUUUAAUUGAUGCUUAUCUUUACCUUGAAUGUUGGCAACGAGAUAAAAUUGAAUUCGAUGUUAAUACAGAACAACAAAGUUUAAAUAAUUUUUAUUUAGAAAAACUUCACUAUGAUACGGAUACGAAAAGUAAUGAGAAUAAAUAA